AUGUCUCGAACACGCCAGCCAAUUGCUUCAAAUUCAUUCCAAACCACGACAGACGAAGCAACAUCAUCAUCCCGGCGAAUCCGAUGGAGCGAAGAUGUCAUAGACAACGAGGGCAUGGGCAAAAAGAGCUCAAAGGUAUGCUGCAUCUACCACAAAGCCCGCCCAGUGGGAGAAAGUAGCUCAGAAGAGUCCUCAUCCAGCUCAUCCGAAAGCGAGAGCGAGAGUGAAGACGACCGUCGCACUGCCAGAGUCAACCGGGCUCGCCGCGCACACCCACACUCCGGAGACCGGGAACCGCACGACGAGCACGAAGGGUGUUGUCCUGAGGACCACGGCUCAAAACCGAAACGCAGUCGCAGGAAGCCGAGUCCGAAUGCAUACGAGAAGAUGCCUAAGCCGUCGAAGAGCCAGACUCAGAGUCAGAAUGAGAACCAGGCGCGGGGUACUUGA